UCACAGCUACGGGCCAGUCUUAGUUCUUUAUAGCUGUAGUUAGACUUCUUUAUACUAAAUAGUUUGUAUACCUGCUUAUCAAGUAUUCAGUAUAAGCCUGUGCUGGAGACAAUAACACAUCAAACCUGCUUGAAGAACAUGGCUCUGGCAAGUGGGCAUUGGGUACAAAGCAACGUUCUUGGAGAUGCACCAAGUCCUCGGUAUGGCCAUGCUUUAACAGUCGCAGGCAAUAUUGCAUUCGUAUUUGGAGGCUGUACCAUUAACAAAGUUCUGGAUGAGAAGCCAGUGUAUUUAGAUGACUUUUACAUGCUUUCAAUUACUCCCAAUGAGCUAACAUGGGAAAUUAUACCUCAGACUGGCCACAUACCGACCCCCCGAGAAGGUCAUGACAUUUUUGUUGUGAAAAAGAAAAUAUUUUUGUUUGGAGGUCAAGAGGACAAAGCUGCAGCUGAAUGUUUGCCAGGAAUGUACUCAUUUGACCUGGGUACAUUAAAUUGGGAGGAAAUAAAACCAUCUGGAGCACCUCCUCAGACCUUGAGCCAUAGUGUGGCCACUGUUGGUGAAAAUGUCUUUGUUUUUGGUGGAAUCUACCAUGGAAGAGUUGUAGAUGACCUGCAUAUGUUCAACACAGUUUCUCAAACAUGGGUGCCAGUAAAAACAUCUGGUUCAAUGCCUGAUGCAAGGUUUGGCCACGAAUUUGCUGCCAUUGGACAACAUAUAUACAUGUUUGGGGGUUGUUCAGCGGAUGGAGAAUACUACAGUGAUAUACACAUGCUGGAUACAGCUACUUUAUCAUGGCAGUGUUGGGAGAUCAAAGGGGAGAGCCCAGCUGGAAGAAAAUUUCACUCAUUUACAGCACAUCAUGAUAAGGAUAUCUACUUGUUCGGAGGAAUUGCAGAAACUGAGAAUGAGACUAAAAUGUUGAAAUGUGAUGUUAUGAAGUUGAGUCUUGCAAAGAAGAAAUGGAAGAUGCCCCUCUAUUUUGGUAUUCCACCGGCAUGCAGAUAUAAGCAUGCAUCUUUUGUUCUGCAAAGUCAUCUUUUUGUAUUUGGUGGAAGAAAUGAAAAAAAAGACUUCAAUGACGUAAUGGCCAUGAAACUCAUAAAUCCUUCUGACAGACAACCCAUAAUGAAAGACAUUCUUUUAGAAUGCGGGAUUCAAGGUAUAAGUAAUGGAUAUACACCAACCAAAAUCCCAAAAGUGAAAUAUCAUCUGAGUGAGCUGGAGCCUCCAAAAACCAGUUUUACAAACACCAUUCCUGAAGUUAAAGACAGCAGCUUUAUGUCUCUUCGAGGGGAAGCAAUAGAAAAAGUUAAAUCAGCCUUUGUCAUGUUAGACGCUGAAUUUGAAAAAUUUGACCUUGAAAGAAGAAGAUUCACCCAGGAGCAAACUGCUUUCUUUGAAGAAAAAGAAGAAUUCAACAGACAGUACAAGCUCCGCCGACAGGAACUUCAGGAAAUGUUGGAAAAACACAGACUACAAAAUGAAGCAUGGCUGAAAGCAAGGGCAGAAGAGAAUGACAAAGAAAGAAGAGACAUUUGUAAACUAAGAGAAGAAAUUCUUCUACAACAGAAAAAGUUAAAAGAAGAACAGCAAAUGAUUGAGAAACGCAAUGAGCAGUUGAUUUCUAUCAUGCAGCAGUUCAAAGGAAUGUAAAAUGCUUUUCUGUUCAUGGUGAAGGAAGAUUAACACAGAGUUGAAAGAUUUAGGAUUAAUCUGAAAAAUGUGUGAUUUGUACUUGCUAUCAACACAAUUAUUAAUAAAAAUGUCAUUGUUAAUUGUAUUUUUCAUAUAUUUUAUAAUUGGUAUUUAAUACACUGAAAAAUUGUAUAACCAAUCAAAUACACAUGCCAAGCAUAAAACAAUACAAUACAGUAUACUUCAUUCCAUCUGUUUUGUCCUUUCUUUAAUUUUUUUGAUUUUAUUUGAUCUUAGUUGAUUAAGGCCAGUAAUAAAAAAAAGGUGUUCCAAUGUACAUGUAUUUUUAUGUCUGUAUCACGUAUAUUUCACAAAAAAAAAAGCAUAUUAUAGCUGCUCGAUGUCUUUCUC